UGUGAAUGUCAGCUCUGCUGCCUAUUGCAGACGCGGCUGAGGUACAAAGACUCCCCAAAUCCUCCAAUAUGUGCAGCGAUGGGCGGCACUGUAGCGCAGCCUCUCAAGUGUCAGAACUUAAAACUCCUGCGCGCCGCUCUGCCUCAGAAUGUGGAGGCUCCGCGCCAACACGGUGACACUCUGAGUGUAGACACUUAGACAAGAAGCGGAGCAGGGUUUUUUUUUUCUUUUUUCUUUUUUCCUCCCUCCUCUUCUCUCCAUCACCUCCUCCGUGGAUGCUGUGGCUCAGACCCGCCGCGGAGAUGCUGCUCGUCCGGCUCCUGCUCUGUGUUUCGUGCACAGCCUCCCUCUCAGCGCAGCCCGACAGCUCCGGACUCUUUUACGCGCUCAGAUCCGAACUGUCGGAGGACGCCAUCCUGGUGGCCAACAACGGAAUACGCGUGCCUUUCGGGAGGUCGGUCUUCAUCGAUCCCAUCAACGAUCUGGUGAUCCAGACGCAGCCCGGGGACCGAUGCAGCAUCACGGUGCUGGACAACGACCCGCUCUCCCAGAGACCCGGGCAUCUCUCUCCUAAAAAGUUUCCCUGUGAUUUCGGUCCAAACGAAGUCACCUACUCCCACUACGGCUCCAGGAGUCCGGCCAAGGACAGGGUGAGGCUGCAGCUCAGGUAUGACGCGCAGACUGAGACCGUUAUCAUUCCCUUUAUGAUGGAGGUGGAGGUGGUUUUUACGCAGCUGGAGUUACUCACCAAAAACAUGCCCCUGGUGGUCGAUCAUCUGAAGGGCGUCAGUGGAGCCAUUGAUAAAAAGACUCUGGAGUUUACUUACGACAGAGACUCCUUCAAAUGUCAGGUGGCUUCGCUGUCCAGUGGCGGCGCUCUGCCCAGAUAUGGGAGACUUAUUGACGGAGACAAACUUUCCUCAGUGAUGAACUGUGACGAGUUCACUCAGGCUGACAUCCGUUACAAGCACACGUUCCAGGGCAAAUCCCCCAACAGAGACUAUGUUCCCAUGGUGGUGGAGCUCCACGACAAGGAGGGGAAUUUGGUGAAGCAGGAGUAUUUCCAUCUGAUGAUACGGAUCAAAGAGGGAGAAGAAAACACAGCGCCCAAGCCCAGCUUCGUGUCCAUGAUGAUGAUGGAGGUGAGUCAGUUUGUCAUGACCGCCUUCACCCCUGACAUGCUGGCUGCAGAGGAUGCAGAGUCAGACCCAGGUGAGCUUAUUUUCAACCUCACCAAUAAUUUAUCCUACGAGGAAGGUUACAUAGUCAGCACCGACGACCGGAACCUCCCCAUCACCUCCUUUUACCAGAGGGACCUCCAUGAUCUGAAGAUCGCCUACAAACCUCCUUCCCUGGAUGCUGACACUGAGAGAUUUUUCCAGCUGGAGUUUCAGGUGGUGGACACAGAUGGCGCUGUUUCGGAAAUGUUUGCUUUUAUGAUUGUCGUAAAGCCCAUGGAUUCCUUGGCCCCCGUUGUCACCCGUAACACGGGUCAGCUGUUGUACGAGGGUCAGUCCCGGCCUCUGGUCACCGCCCAGAACCUGGAGAUCAGCGACGAAGACAACCUGGACUCUGUCACUGUCACGGUGGUGGACGGUCUACGUCACGGGGACCUCAUGGUCCUGGGGUCCCACAGGAAGUUGUUCACACCUGCGGAUCUCACCUCAGGCGCGGUUGUGUACCAGCAUGAUGGGAGUGACACGUACAGUGACAACGUCGUCUUCAAGAUGACAGACGGGAAAAACGAGGUUGAAUUCCUGUUCCCUAUCACCAUAGUUCCCACGGAUGAUGAGCCGCCCAUCAUAAACGCCAACACGGGUCUGGUACUGUUCAAGAACCAGAUGAUGCCAGUAUCUCCGCUCAUGCUCAGUGCCGCUGAUAUUGACUCUGAAGAUUCUACUAUUAAAUUCACCAUCCGUCCUCCCUUUUCUACCGUCGGCACAGUCCUGCUCAGACAGUCCGACGCACCGGAAGACCCGUCUUCCUGGAAGUUCAACUCUGUGGAUGAAGUUUAUGAGAAGGAGGUGAAGGAGUGGCUCCAGAAGGACAUCACUGACGGAAAGUUGUUUUAUAAACACACAGGUCCUCACAGCAAAGACACCGUCCUGGACCAGUUUGCGUUCACGGUCCAGGAUGACAACGAUCCUCCCAACGAGUCAGAAGAAAAUACGUUUAUUAUCCGCGUGUUGCCCGUCGACGACGUUCCUCCAGUGCUGUUCCCUGGCACCACGCUGCAGAUGACGGUGCAGGAGUACAAGCUCACUCACUUCAGCAAAGAAGUUUUACGCUACACUGACUUGGACUCGGAGGACCGUGACCUUAAAUACACGGUCAUACAACCGCCCACGGACACGGACGAAAACAACCCAGUACUCUUCGGCUCUCUGGUGCUGACGGACAGUCUGGACACAGAAGUGACAGAGUUCACACAAGCUCAAAUUAACCACCACAAAAUCUCCUUCGCUCCCCCUGAUGUUGAACUGGGAAUCACAGCACACGUCGUGCAGUUCCGUUACACCGUUGAAGACACGGCGGGGAACAGCGUAGAAGGUGCGUUCACCAUCUACCUGCAGCCCGUCAACAACAAACCUCCUCAGAUCACCAACACCGGCUUCACUGUGCCCGAACACGGCGUGCACAUCGUCAGCCUGGCCGAGCUGGACGCCGCGGACCCGGACACAGAGAGUAAGCUGAUUACAUUCAGUCUGAGCCGACUGCCUAAACACGGCAAAGUCCAGAUUGAAUUCGGUGACCUGCAGCAGAGAGCCGUUUUCAAACUUGAUGAUAUUUCGGAGGGAAAGAUGUCAUACAGUCACGGAGGAGAGGAGACAGUGAGUGAUGACUUUCAGCUGGACGUGAGCGACGGGAUCCACGUCGUGACGGUGACGGUCAGAGUUAAUGUAAAGCCCGUGGAUGACGAGACCCCGACCAUCAGCCUGCCCGCGGGAACCAUUGGUUCACAUAUGAACGUGCUGGAAAACGGAGCCACCGAAAUCACAACUAAUGUCAUUCAAGGUCACGACGACGACACAGACGACCUCCAGUUGACCUUCAUUGUGGAGGAUCCUCCGGUCAAAGGUGAAAUAUUGGUCAAAGGAGUCCCAGCGGCUAAGUUUACACAGGCCGACAUUAUCAACGGCGUCGUCGUUUACGCGCACACUGGCGGUGAGAUAGGCCUGGCCUCGCAGCUGGACGGCUUCAACUUGACUCUCACAGACAUGUCUGAUGACUGGACAGUCGGUGGCAAUAGGGUCAGCGGGGUCCAAGUCCGAGUGACCAUACUUCCUGUUGACAGCCAGCCCCCCGAGGUGGGAGUUGGGGUUCAGUUCAGCGUCAUUGAAGGGGAGAAAUUUGCCAUUGGGCCCCAGCACUUGGAUGCUGAUGAUAAUGACACUCCGACAGAUGACAUCCUCUGCACCAUCAUCGUCCAGCCCUCUGCUGGCUACGUGGAGAAUGUCUCACCAGCCCCGGGGUCUGAAAAGUCCAGAUCAGGAACAGCUAUCAGCGCAUUCACAAUCAGAGACAUCAGAGAGGGGAAUAUCUACUACGUGCAGAGUAUUCACAAAGGAGUGGAGGUGGUGGAGGACAGAUUUACAUUUAGAUGCUCUGAUGGCAUCAAUUUUUCAGAAAAUCAUUUCUUCCCAAUUGUCAUCAUCCCUGCCAAUGAUGAAAAGCCGGAGAUAUAUCUGAGUGAUAUUGUGGUGAUGGAGGGAAUGAACAUUGUCAUCGACACUCCCAUCCUGAACGGCGCCGAUGCCGAUGUUCCACCUGACGAACUGAUGUUCAUCAUUUCCAAACCUCCCAAACACGGUGCCAUUUUGAACCAGCUCCCGGCGGGUUCUGCUCCCGUGACUAACUUCACUUUAGAGGAGAUCCAGGAGGCAUCCAGCAUUAUUUAUGAACACGAUGACUCAGAGACAACGGAGGACAGCUUUGAAGUAACUCUGACAGACGGGAAGUACUCUGUGCAGAAAACAGCCCUGGUCGUGAUUGUUCCCGUGGAUGACGAGACGCCCAGGAUGCUCAUCAACGACGGUCUGGAGGUAGAAAUCGCCGAGACCAAGGAGAUCAAUAACAAAGUGCUUAAAGCAACAGAUUUGGACUCUGAUGAUAGCGAGCUCGCAUACAUCGUCCGCUUUGGGCCCGGUCAGGGUCUCCUGCUGAGGAAGACUCUGUCUGGGUCUCUGGAGAACAUCACUCUGGGCAUGAACUUCACUCAAGCUGAGGUGGACGCAGGGCUCAUACUCUAUACGCACAACGGCCAGGAGGGCGUCAGAGACUUGAUCAAAUUUGACGUGACAGAUGGAAUCAACCCUCUGAUUGAUCGGUACUUCUACAUCACCGUCGGCAGCAUCGACAUGGUGUUUCCUGACGUCGUCAGUAAAGGCGUCUCGCUCAGAGAAGGUGGCAGAGUGACUCUGACCACUGACCUUCUGAGCACCACUGACCUCAACAGUCCUGAUGAAAACCUGGUUUUCACCAUCACCCGAGCUCCGGUCAGAGGUCACCUGGAGUGCACUGACACUCCCGGGAUGCCCAUCGUCUCCUUCUCUCAGCUGGAACUGGCCGGCAGUAAGGUUUAUUACAUCCACACCUCUGACGACGAGGUCAAAAUGGACAGCUUUGAGUUCGAGGUCACCGACGGCUACAAUCCCAUUUUCCGAACAUUCAGAAUCUCCAUCGUGGACGUGGACAACAAGAAGCCUGUGGUGACUGUGAACAGUCUGAUCGUCACAGAAGGGGAGACGAAGCUGAUCACGCCGUUCGAGCUCACGGCUGAGGACCAGGACACCACCGAGAAGCAGCUGAAGUUCACCAUCACACAGCUGCCGCUUCACGGCAAGCUCCUGCACAACCUGACCACGCCUGUGACCGGCUUCAGCAAACAAGACCUGAACGAAAACCUCAUCAGCUACAGACACGACGGCACGGAAUCUUCAGAAGACUCCUUCUCCUUCACCGUCACCGACGGCACACACACAGACUUUUUCGUUUUCCCUGACACCGUCUUUGAGACGCGCCACCCUCAGACCAUGAAGAUCACCAUCGUGGCCUUGGACAACGGCGUCCCUCAGAUCGUGGUCAACAAAGGUGCACCCACCCUGAAGAUCUUGGCCACAGGUCACCUGGGGUUCCCCAUCAGCCACAAAGUCCUGAAGGCAGAGGACAGAGACAGCGGCCCCGCCUCCCUGGUCUUCCACAUCACCACCCAACCCAAACAUGGCUACGUCGUCAACCUGGGACGGGGAAACAACUCCGUCGACACAUUCAGUCAAGCUGAUAUCGAGGACCUGAACAUCUGCUACGUGCUGCAUAAAGAAGAAAACGCCACGUCCGAUCUCUUCCAUUUCACCGUGGAGGAUAAAGGUGGUAACAAACUGAAAGGACAGCAGUUCCGUCUGGACUGGGCCUGGAUCUCCCUGGAGAAGGAGUACUACGUGGUGGACGAGGAGGACAAGUUCCUGGAGGUGGUGCUGCGACGCAGAGGUUACCUGGGAGAGACGUCCUUCAUUGGCAUCGGCACCCUGGACGGCACUGCGAAGAAGGACGAGGAUUUCAAGGGCAAGUCCCAGAAACAGGUCCAGUUCAACCCGGGCCAGACCAGAGCCACGUGGAGGGUGCGGAUCCUCAGCGAUGGGAAGUACGAGCAGGCCGAGGUGUUCCAGAUCCUGCUGUCAGAGCCGGUGAUGGCGGUGAUGGAGUUUCCUUCUUCUGCCGCGGUGGAGAUCGUGGACCCCAAUGACGAGUCGACUGUGUUCUUCCCCGAGCAGAUCCACUCAGUGGAGGAAGACGUUGGCGAGCUUUUCAUCCCCGUGCACCGCAGCGGAGACAUCAGCCAGGAGCUCAUGGUGGUCUGCUACACUCAGCAGGGCUCUGCCACCGGAACCAUCCCCACCACCGUCCUCUCCUAUUCCGACUACAUCUCCCGUCCGGAGGAGCACGGCAGCAUUUUACGCUUCGACAAGGACGAGAGGGAGAAGCAGUGUCGCGUGGUGAUCAUCGACGACUCCCUGUACGAGGGUGAGGAGAGCUUCAACGUCACUCUGUCGCUGCCCGUAGGGGGACGGCUGGGAAAGCACUACCCCAGCAGCAAAGUCAACAUCCUGGAGGACGGCGAUGACGGUGAGGGUCUUGUGAUUAUUCACUUCAUUUUCAGUUACUGUUUACAAGCAGAGAGUGUGUAGUUGCCACCUUCUUCCCUGCAGGGGGUGCAGUGAACAUAUUUUGAAACAGUUUAAAACUAAUAUAAAAAUCCUAAGCCUUAAUUUAAAACUCACCUGUAAACUCAACCUUCUUGAACCACU